UCCCGUCCCCCCCCGCCAUGGGUUCGGUGUACCUGUGGAAGCUCUCCUCCCAGAAGCUGGGCUUCUUCCUGGUGAGCUUCGGCUUCAUCUGGGGCAUGAUGCUGCUGCACUUCACCAUCCAGCAGCGGGCGGCCCACGAGAGCAGCGCCGCCCUGCGCCAGCAGAUCCUGGACCUCAGCAAGCGCUACAUCCGGGCCCUGGCCCAGGAGAACCAGAACGUGAUGGACGGGCCCUACGUGGGGACCAUGACCGCGUACGACCUGAAGAAGACCCUGGCCGUGCUCCUGGACAACAUCCUGCUGAGGCUGGGCAAGCUGGAGACCAAGGUGGACAACAUCAUCUACAACGGCACGGGCGGCAACCUGACCAACGGGACCGGCGGCGGCGGCAGCACCACCGCGCCCGGCCCCGGGAACAGCGAGAAGGUCAACGUGGCAGACCUCCUGAACGGCGCCCAGGAGAAGUGCGACCUUCCCGCCAUGGACGGCUUUCCCCACUGCGAGGGCAAACUGAAGUGGAUGAAGGACAUGUGGAAGUCAGACCCGUGUUACAGCAGCUAUGGUGUGGACGGCUCGACCUGCUCCUUCUUCAUCUACCUGAGCGAGGUGGAGAACUGGUGUCCGCGCCUGCCGUGGAGAGCCAAGAACUUCAACGAGGAGGCCGACAGGAAAGGCCAGACGGAGAUCCGGACCAGCUUCGAGGAGCUGUACCGGGUCAUGUCCCGGCGGGAGGAGUUCCGGUGGAUGAUGCUGAGGAUCCAGCGCAUGGCGGAGCUUUGGGUCGGCGCCGUCCGCUCGCUCGCCGCCAAGCAGAACCUGCUCCGACGCAAGCGCAAGAAGAUCCUGGUGCACCUGGGCCUGCUGACCAAGGAGUCGGGGUUCAAGAUCGCGGAGAACGCCUUCAGCGGGGGUCCCCUGGGGGAGCUGGUGCAGUGGAGCGACCUCAUCACCACCCUCUACCUGCUGGGCCACGACGUGCGAAUCUCCGCCUCGCUGGCCGAGCUCAAAGAGAUCAUGAGGAAAGUGAUGGGGAACAAGUCCAGCUGCCCCACCCAGGGGGACAAGGUGGUGGAGCUCAUCUACAUCGACAUCGUGGGCCUGACCCAGUUCAAGAAAACCCUUGGACCCUCCUGGGUGCACUACCAGUGUAUGCUACGGGUGUUGGAUUCCUUUGGCACCGAACCAGAGUUCAACCAUGCCCACUACGCCCAGUCAAAGGGACACAAGACCCCCUGGGGCAAGUGGAACCUCAACCCCCAGCAGUUCAACACCAUGUUCCCUCACACUCCGGACAACAGCUUCCUGGGGUUCGUGGUCGAGCAGCACCUGAACGCCAGCGACAUCCGACACAUCGACGACAUCAAGCGACAGAACCAGUCCCUGGUCUACGGGAAGGUGGACAACUUCUGGAAGGACAAGAGGAAGUACCUGGACAUUAUCCACAGCUACACGGAGGUACACGGCACAGUGCAUGGGACCAGCACCGUCCACCUGCCCGCCUACGUCAAGAACCACGGCAUCCUGAGUGGCCGCGACCUUCAGUUUCUGCUGAGGGAGACGAAGCUGUUCGUGGGACUGUCCUUCCCGUACGAAGGGCCCGCCCCACUGGAGGCCAUCGCCAACGGCUGCGCCUUCCUCAACCCCAAGUUCACGCCCCCGAAAAGCAGCAAGAACACCGACUUCUUCAAAGGGAAGCCCACGCUCAGAGAGCUGACCUCCCAGCACCCCUACGCUGAGGUGUACAUCGGCCAGCCUCACGUGUGGACCGUCAACAUCGACAACGCCGCAGAAGUGGACAGAGCCGUCAGAUCCAUCCUCGGCCAGAAGAUUGAGCCCUACCUGCCUUACGAGUUCACCUGUGAGGGGAUGCUGCAGAGGGUCAACGCUUUCAUCGAGAACCAGGACUUCUGCCACGGCCAGGUGAUGUGGCCCCCACUGAGCGCGCUCCAGGUGAAGCUGGCCGAGCCGGGGAAGUCCUGCAAGCAGGUGUGCCAGGAAGAGCAGCUGAUCUGUGAGCCCUCUUUCUUCCAGCACCUCAACAAGGACAAAGACCUGGCCAGGUUCGGGGUGGAGUGCCGCACGGCGGAGUCGUCGAGCGACACGGUGGUGCCGGCGGUGGGCGCGGCGCGCGGGCACUGCGUGUUCCAGGCGGACCUGCUGCUCUUCAGCUGCGCGGGCGCUCACCCGUCCCUGCAGCGCGUCUGCCCCUGCAGGGACUACAUGAAGGGCCAGGUGGCGCUGUGCAAGGGCUGCCUAUAGCGGCCUGCUCCCUGCUCCUCCCGCCUGGACUCCGCCCCGCCCCGCCCCGCCCCGCCCCCCCGCGAGCCAGGAGAGGCGCGUGCUGGACGAGCCGAAACCGCCAGAGCUCGGCGGUUUUAUCACCGCUAGCCCCCGCUAGCCCCCGCUAGCCCCCGCUAGCCCCAAACUCACGCGCACUGGGGGCAGGUCGGGUCUGUGGGGAGAAACCGCCGUUAUUUAUUU